AUCAUUUACCAUUCAAUGAAGCAAUCUCUCCUGAAUGAAUCUCUCUCUCUCUUCUUUCCACAGAUAUACGACUCGUGGGGCCGCUUCACUCCACCAGACCACAUAAUCUCUUCUCUCUGCACUCAUAGGAGUCUCUUUCUCUCUCUCUCUCACAUAUGUUUCUGUCUUCUUACUCCAAAUAACCAUCUCAUCCUCACCCACAACCGGACAAACCCCCUCUCUCUCUCUCUCCCUCUACUCCUCUCCACCUCCCUUUCUCACCCUCCUACCACUAUUUCUGUCUUCUUCUUCACUUGUACUCCUACUUUCCCUUCCUUGUACACCAGAGACUCACAUCCUCAACAUCAUCAGCCAUGGCCAAGCUGGUUGUGGAAAUUCUUGAUGCAAGCGACCUCAUGCCCAAAGAUGGCCAGGGCUCUGCAAGUCCCUUUGUGGAAGUCGAUUUUGAUAAGCAGCCUCUAAGGACACAGACCAAGCACAAGGAUCUCAACCCUACUUGGAAUGAGAAGCUCGUCUUCGACAUCGAUAAUCCUAGAGACCUUCCCAAUAAGACCAUUGAUGUGACUGUCUACAACGACCGCAAAGGCGGCCAUCACAAGAACUUCCUUGGCCGCGUUAAGAUCUCCGGGGCCUCACUGCCAUCAUCCGAGUCCCAAGCCACCGUGCAGCGGUAUCCUCUUGACAAGCGUGGCCUCUUUUCUCACAUCAAAGGCGAUAUCGCGCUCAGGAUGUAUCCUGUUCUCGAGGCUAGUUCCUUCUUUGUGGCACCGAAUGAGAAUGGGGUUGAGCCUGAGAGUAGAGUCGGUGCUGAUCAUAAGGCUAAUGAUGAAGGGGAGGUCUAUGAGAAGAAGAAGAAGAAGAAGGAAAAGGAAGUGAGGACUUUUCACUCCAUUGGAACGGGGUCUGCUGCUCCACCUCCGGUGUUCGCUGGAUUCGGGUUUGGGGGAAAUCAAAUGAAGGAAAAGCCAGUCGCUGUUGAAACAAGAAGCGAUUUCGCCCGGGCUGCUGGCCCUUCAGCCGCAAUGCAUAUGCAGAUUCCUAGGCAAAAUCCAGAAUUCGGGUUGGUUGAGACUAGGCCACCGGUGGCGGCGCGUAUGGGCUACAGAGGAGCUUACAAGACUGCGAGUACUUACGAUCUAGUUGAGGAGAUGCAGUACCUGUAUGUGACUGUUGUGAAGGCCAGAGACCUCCCAGUCAUGGACAUCACUGGAAGCUUGGACCCCUAUGUGGAAGUGAAGCUUGGGAACUACAAGGGCACCACUAAACACUUGGAGAAGAACCAGAACCCAGUCUGGAAUCAGAUAUUCGCCUUCUCAAAGGAGAGGUUGCAGUCCAAUUUGAUUGAAAUAAUAGUGAAGGACAAGGAUAUUGGGAAGGAUGAUUUUGUGGGUAGAGUUACUUUUGAACUUUCAGACGUGCCCGUUCGGGUGCCACCAGACAGUCCUCUGGCUCCUCAAUGGUAUAAAUUGGAGGACAGGAGGGGAGUGAAGACUGGAGGAGAGGUGAUGCUGGCGGUUUGGACGGGAACACAGGCGGAUGAGUGCUACCCCGACGCAUGGCAUUCUGAUGCCCACUCCAUCAGCCAUGAAAACCUUGCUUAUACGCGAUCCAAGGUCUAUUUCUCACCAAAGCUGUAUUACCUCAGAGUGCAUAUCAUCGAAGCUCAGGACCUUGUUCCCUGGGAAAAAGGCCGGGUUGUUCAAGCAUCUGUUAAGAUACAGCUUGGGAAUCAGGUGAGGGCCACGAAGCCUUUCCAGGCGCGCUCCUUGAGUGCAGGGUGGAACGAGGAGUUCAUGUUCGUGGCAUCGGAGCCCUUUGAGGAUUUCAUUAUAAUCUCGGUUGAGGAUAGGGUAGGACCUGGUAAGGACGAGAUCUUGGGAAGAUUGGUCAUUCCUAUCAGAGAGGUACCGCCCAGAAUUGAACCCGCCAAGCUCCCUGAUGCUCGCUGGUUCAACCUCCAUAAGCCUUACUUCGGGGAAGGUGAGAAUGAGAAGAAGAAAGAGAUCAAAUUCUCCAGCAAGAUCUACCUUCGCCUUUGUUUAGAAGCAGGUUACCAUGUCCUUGAUGAGUCCACUCAUUUUAGCAGUGAUCUCCAGCCCUCAUCAAAACUCCUUAGAAGACCCAGCAUUGGAGUCCUUGAAGUUGGGAUCCUGAGUGCUAAGAACCUGCUGCCAAUGAAGAGCAAGAGCGGGAGAACCACCGACGCCUACUGUGUAGCCAAGUAUGGAAACAAAUGGGUUCGAACCAGAACACUUCUGGACACCUUGGCUCCUAAGUGGAACGAGCAGUACACUUGGGAAGUCCAUGAUCCCUGUACUGUAAUCACUUUUGGCGUUUUUGAUAAUUGCCACAUCAAUGGAAGUAAGGAUGACUCAAGAGAUCAGAGAAUAGGGAAAGUGAGAAUCAGGCUAUCGACUUUGGAAACCAAUCGGAUUUACACCCAUUACUAUCCACUGCUUGUUCUUUCACCUUCAGCUGGGUUGAAGAAACAUGGAGAACUUCAGUUGGCUCUGAGGUUUACAUGUACUGCGUGGGUGAAUAUGGUUGCACAAUAUGGGAUACCCUUGCUGCCCAAAAUGCAUUAUGUCCAGCCAAUCCCGGUGUUGCAAAUUGAUGCGCUACGCCAUCAGGCAAUGCAGAUAGUUGCAGCAAGACUUGCCCGAGCAGAGCCACCUCUCAAGCGAGAGAUUGUAGAGUACAUGCUGGAUGUAGAUUAUCAUAUGUUCAGCCUGAGAAGAAGCAAAGCCAACUUCUACCGCAUGAUGUCCCUUCUUUCUGGAAUUACAGCUGUUUGCAAGUUGUACAACGAUGUCUGCAACUGGAGAAACCCGGUGACGACAUGUCUCGUGCACAUCUUGUUCCUGAUACUGGUCUGCUACCCUGAGCUCAUCUUGCCGACAGUCUUCUUCUACCUUUUUGUUAUUGGGGUAUGGAACUAUAGGUACCGACCAAGGCACCCACCUCACAUGGACGCUCGUCUUUCCCAAGCUGAGUUUGCCCACCCGGAUGAGCUGGAGGAGGAAUUCGACACGUUCCCAUCAUCUCAGCCAUCAGAUAGGGUUAGGAUGAGGUAUGACCGGCUGCGCCAUGUCUCUGGCAGGGUGCAGACAGUGGUUGGAGAUUUGGCGACUCAAGGGGAGAGAGCUCAGGCGAUACUAAGCUGGCGAGACCCAAGGGCUACAGCCAUCUUCCUCAUCUUCUCAUUGAUCUGGGCAAUUUUCAUUUACAUAACUCCAUUCCAGGUUGUUGCGGUGCUCGUUGGUCUCUACUUGCUUCGGCAUCCCCGGUUCAGGUCCAAGAUGCCCUCUGUGCCAGUCAAUUUCUUCAAGAGAUUGCCAUCUAAGUCAGAUAUGCUUCUAUGACAUGGAAACUAUUACCAUCCUCUUACUCAUUUUUGUAAAUAAACCUGCAAAAAAACAGAGCAGCAGACCACAAAGAAGAGCUAUUAUGGGCUUUUCCCUGUUCCCCACCCGCUAAAGCAGCUCACUUUUCUGGGAAAUAAGAUUUAUUACUAUUUUGAGUCCAAGCUAUGGAACCAAACAUUCCUUUUC